AUGGACGUCCACUUUCUUCGACAAAAUGAGACGGUGGAAGACUUUUAUAAUCGCUGCAAUAAUUUGUCGAACUUCGACUGCAGCGAAGAAGAAUUGUUAUGGUGGAUUAUGGGGUCGCGGCGGCUUCCAUUAAAAGAAAUAAUACCUAUCAGUAUAGUGCUUGUAGUUAUAUUUUUAACUGGUGUGAUCGGCAAUGUUUGUUUAUGCGUGGUAAUUAUACGCAACCCCGGGUUACACACUGCCACAAAUUACUAUCUAUUCAGUUUGGCUGUAAGCGAUCUUCUUUUGCUAUCUUUUGUGAUUGAUGACGCUUAUCACGCACAAUAUAAAUUAAAAUUUUAUGUCUACGAUACGUUGGAACGUAAUGAUAAGAUUUAG